GUAAUGCGGACGUAAAAAAUGAGCCGUAAAUGGUUAGGAAACAGUACCCACAAUUUUAUUUCGUUUUAUCCUACGGUACAAAAAUAUGACGUGGAAAUUGAAAUGUACGAAACGAACUUCAUGAGAAUUUAUAAUCUAAAAAAAAUAGAAGAUUUUAUUUUAUCAACGUGUGUGUGCGUGUGUGUGUAUUAAUUAUGAUUAAAAGGUGAUAAGUGCUACCAAAAUGGCUAUGGUUAUAUCACAAGCCACUAAAGCUGCGAUCGGCGGGUUCUUAGCGCUGAUGAUACUUGGAGCUGUUCUGGUUGUUGGUGCAGCAUUCGGCUGGUUCGAUCCUAAGAGAGAAGAUGAAGAUACACCUGCUAAAAUCAGCGCUAGACUUCAAGGAAGAACAUCAUUUGUAACUCAUAGAGCUGUAAAUCCGGAUGAAAACAGACUACCAGUCGUAUCACAUUCUUCGCUAUAUGUCCAUAAAGGAGAAAAAGAUGAAAUCGAGAUCGCAGAAAUUAGCACAUCCGGAAAGGACCAGACAGAUGAAGACGUAUCGUUGUCAUCUCGAUGUCAGUGCAGCAUUAAUGAUAUAUCCCAGAUAUUAGAGUCUAUGACAGAAUUAGUGGGCCCCCCAGGACCUCAGGGGCCUACUGGUGCUGAUGGAACAACCGGUGCACCCGGAAAAACUGGACAAAUGGGAGACCCGGGUCCAGUAGGGCCUCCCGGCCCUAAGGGUGAUUGGGGAGAAAAAGGUGAAACUGGUGCACCAGGGAUUGAAGGACAAAUGGGUCCAAAGGGUGAACCAGGUGUUGAUGGUACUCCUGGACUUCAAGGGCCACCCGGACCUCCAGGGCCUACAGGAGCUAUUGCGUCUGCACUGAUCGAAACAACGGAAUUUUAUGCAAGCGAUCGUAGAAUUCCUGGACCCCCGGGCGAGAGAGGCCCAAUGGGGCUCGCGGGGUCUCAAGGAGAAAGAGGCUUUCCCGGAAAUAAAGGUGAAAAAGGAUUACACGGGGCUAAAGGCGAUAAAGGUGAACCGGGGUAUGUGGGCAUACGGGGGCCACAUGGCGAGAAAGGGGAACGCGGGCAACCUGGGAAGGAUGGGACACCUGGGCUGCCUGGCGCGCAUGGUCGUCCCGCAGAAAAGGGUGAAAAAGGUUCUAGAGGACUACCAGGGCCUCCAGGACCUUUAGUGCUGAGUAUUUCUGAAGAUUCAGUAACCGACAUUUCUCAAACAGACGUCGCGAAGUUGAAAGGCGAUAGAGGAGAGAAGGGUGAAAAGGGAGAAAAAGGCAACCGAGGCAUGGAAGGUCCUCAAGGUUUCCCUGGCACUGAUGGUAAGCCUGGCGAGCGAGGGGAUAUUGGACCAUCAGGCUUGCCUGGCACACAAGGAGUUCAGGGGCUAACUGGAAAUAAAGGGGAUAAAGGCGAUUCUGGUCCACCGGGACCAGUGGCGAUAUCACAAGAGGAAGCUGCAAUUAUGACUAAGGGCGAUAAGGGUGAAACUGGUCCUAGAGGAAAGCGAGGUCACCCAGGGGACCCUGGUCCAAGAGGGCCACCAGGUCUUCCUGGCCCUCCUGGUUUGCCUGGUACAAAUGGAAUAUCUGGUGACAUAGGGCUUCCCGGGUGGACGGGUCCACCGGGCGCAGCAGGUCAGCCGGGCCCACCGGGGCCAAAAGGUGAAAAGGGUGACUCUGAAAUCACGCCAAUGGACCUCGAAAAGGUUAAAGGUGAGAAAGGCGAUCGUGGGUAUGAUGGGGCUCAGGGACCCCCGGGGAAAGACGGGCUGAGAGGGCCUCCAGGACUACCGGGUCCGUCGGCUACUAGCAUGCAGUAUUUACCGGUUCCGGGUCCACCUGGGCCGCCGGGACCACCCGGACCCCCAGGUGCAUUCACUAAUGAAAUUCCAAGUGACACAUUGACGGAGAGCCCUGGGAUUAAUCAAAGCGAGCCCGACACCAGCAAACCGCGGGAUUCGUUACAAAUUCUGGGAAACUUGAAUAAUUUGAUGCAGUUCGGGCAAGAACAAUUUAUUUUUCAAGACCAAUGGGACCCUCUCACUGAUAAUAUGAAAUUUGGCGACGAAGAUGAAGGGAGAUUUAUCGUUGGUACCAUAAUGUAUUCAUCAAGGAACUCUAUGCUACGGUUGGGAAUAAACCGUCCUCCGGGAACAUUGGCAUUUGUAUUACAAGAGCAAGCGCUUCUAAUACGAAUGGACAAUGGAUGGCAGUAUAUUUCUAUGGGAUCACUUUUGGAAAUUCGGAAUCCACUAUCCAGAGGUCCGACCCUAACACCGUUGAAGGACUCUGCUAGCAUAGAUCCAAACAAGAAGUUUGUUAGCGAAGGACCAGUGUUACGCUUAAUUGCAUUAGAUGAACCUCAUACUGGAGAUUUACAUGGAAUGAGCAAUAUAAACUACGCAUGUCAAAGACAAGCCUCGAGAACCGGUAUUCAGGGCAACUUUAAUGCGUUUAUUGGUUCAAGGGCUCAUAGCGUCGAAGCCAUUGUAAGUUGGGUGAAUAGAAAAUUAUCGAUAGUGAAUUUAAGAGGUGAAACACUGUUCAAUUCCUGGAGUGAACUGUUUGAUGGGUCAGAUGGGGUGUUCACGCAAACGCCUAUGAUUUACAGCUUUAGUGGCAGAAACGUGAUGACAGAUCCUCAUUGGCCAACGAAAGCAGCAUGGCACGGUGUGGAUGAAAAGGGCUCUUUAAGUAACGACAGGCACUGUGACAUCUGGCACACAAGCAACCCUAGUAAAUUCGGUCUUGCCUCAACACUGCUCUCAAAUAAGUUACUGGACCGAGAAACGUAUCCGUGCAGCACAAGACUUAUCGUGCUAUGUAUAGAAGCAACACCACUGAAAACAAAAAGAAAAAAUAAAUACCACACAAACGAAAAGUCACUCGACUUUGAAAACAUCGAAGAACGAAACGACACAUAUCCUUUAUAG